AUGCCUGACUUUGGUCUUACCCGACAAACGAAAGCUUUUUGGCACUCAAAUGAAGAAAGAUCUCAAUUUAUAAGAGAUUUUCUUAAAGCAAUUAAUGUGUCGACCAUUGAUUGUCUUGUGUGUCAUUCAUCUGGUAUUCAACCGGUUUCUAUGCUUUGGUCUGAUCCAAGAAAUCUUGUUAUCAAAUCUUUGGGUUUAUUUUGUCCGCAACCUCUUUGGCAUCAAAAACACUACUUAAAUAUUAGCAAAUUUUUAUCAAAUUUUGCAAAAACGGAAACACGAAUCAAAUUCUUAGAAGUAUUAAAAGUUCACAAAUAUGCCCAUAAAUUUUAUUAUCCCAUUGAAUAUCCAAAUGUGGAUCAGCUGUUAUUUGUGUCCAUAUAUGCUAGUGGUGUCAAUCCAGACGAACUUCAUCAGCGAAUUAAAUAUUUAAGAAAAGAGAAAAUACCAACUCUUGUAGUAUUUGGUGAACGCGACAAAACCAUACAUAAGAAAGCCGUUAAACAGUUUGUCGAUGAGUUGGGUGUUGUGGACAACGAUUACAUUAUAUACUCCGAUAAUAAAACUUUGGAGAAGGAUUCGGUCCGCAAGACUCAGUUGGUAGAGCGGAGGACUGUAGUAGCAUUGCAAUAG